UCUGUGAUUAAAGCACUUGAACAUAUCGGAUCAUGUGUCAGUGUUAACGUAAGCAAGCAGCACGUGGGCAGGCGAUGAUGAAGGUCAAGGGCAACGGCGAACUCAAGCAUUUACUGCGAUCAUUGCGACGAGCAGAGCAUCGAUAUACCAGUGUUAUCCAUCGCUACACCUUUAUAACUGACUUUCCAUUGACUUGUUAUACCAUCUAACCUACACCCAAGAUGUCACUCAUCAUGAUAGAUGCCCUUCAAAAUGCCCUUGACCGCGUGUUACCAAGGAGGUCAAAGACUAGCGCAGUAUCACCAGCAGUUGGGAUAGGAAAUGGGCUUGGUAUGGUCAAUUACGAGGACGACGUGAGUCUCUUAUUACUACUAUUCUGUAGCCAGUAGGCAUCUGCCAGCCUGUCCUUGUGAACUCGCCGCUCUAUGCGCUUCUUCCGAGACUUGAACCAUUUACGUAAUAUACCCAACUUCCUCUAUGCCUCUUCAUGGAUCAGUCUGGAACUUUGGUCUUCCUCCUUUUCUUGCCCCUCUUAUGGAUCGUUUGGCUUGCGAUGAUUAUAAGCAAGCCUGCCAUCAUAUUUCACAUUUCCCAGAUAUUCUUCAACUUUCUUGCAAUGGCUUGCUUUGCAAGCGUAGCCAGUUUUCAAGCAAAGUGGGGAAUAGGGCCUUCCGGUCUUUCAGGCUUCGCGAUCUUCGUGAGCGUCUCAGGCAUAUUCCUGGCCCUAUUCCUCCUCUUCGUACCCGUCGUAUACGAAAAAUACAACAAACUAAUCCGCAUAGCCCGCACCCUCAAAGAAGUACGCGUCGGCUUCAUCCUCGUUGGCAGUGGCUGCAUCUUCAGCCUCCUCAUCGCAUUUGUCACCACAAUUUCAGCGUGGACAGAGGCUGGGUGCAAAAAUGCGGCUAACGAUCCUCAUGCGAGCCUUGGCGACGCGUUUACGAGCGCUCUCCCUGGUUGGUGCAGUACGAAGAAAGCGGGAGCUAUAUUCUUUUGGUUGGCGUUUGGCUUCUGGCUCGCAUCAUUUAUCUUGCUUAUCAUCGACUGGCGCUCCGGAAACCUCACAUCCCCACCUCGCGACAUCCCAUUCACGCGUCCCGACGCAGACAUCGAAGAAGGCGAAGAAGUAGAAGUAGAAGAAGAAGAGGGCGAACACUCAUACCAACCUGUCGCCACCAAUACAGCACCUACAUACCCCAACCAAUCAACAUAUGACAACUCCAACGCCUCCGCAUCCCCAUUCGCGGACUCCAACCGCCUCUCAAACGCCCCCACCAACACCAGCACAACCUACCUCCCUCCAACCAACACAAACCGCUUCUCGACAGCAGACUCGAGCGCUAAUCGCACAUCUGCAUAUUCGACAGCGCCCACUACUACCACCGCUCCUACUACAAGUACGAACAUGAACUACGCUGCUUCGAGACCUAGCAUGGACGCGUAUGGCGCGUUUUCAGACCCUGCACCGAGUGGGUUCGGUGGCGUGUCGGCGUCGUAUGCACCCGCUACCUCAGAGUCUGGGUCUGGGGCGCAGAAGGUGAGUAGGACGAUGCAGUAUGCGGACCCGUAUGCUGCUGUGCGGGCGUCGCUGGCGUCGAGUACGGGUGCGCCAGCUCCGACGAAAUCUAGUUAUGAGCCGUAUACCGGGUACCGAUAGUGUACGCCGUAUCGUGUGGUGGAUUAAACUGGUGAUAUUUAUGUAUAUGGUGUUGUGGUUGACGUUUAUGCGGAAUCAUACCUCGCAACACGCUUACAAUUGCUAUCCUCGUUAGCGCUUAUAAUUUAGGCUUGAUAACGUGACUGUGUAUUAUACAUGGACCAUUUGCAUUACAUCUAUUUUGAAACUAUAGUGAAGCUUGGGGGAUUAUCGAUUAUCUUUUGG